AUGAGCACCGGCAUCGACCCUCCCACGCUCGCCCUCGGCAGCGCCGUCGUUCUCGCCCUCUUCUUCAACUACACCCUGCGCGCCCCUCCGCCCCAAAUCCACCCGUUCCUCCUCGGCCGCCAGUCGCUCCCGGCCCCGACCCGCAACGAGCGCGAGUCGCCCGUCUACACCUCGAGCGCCAACGGCGGCGCGCGCACCCUCCCGCGGCCCGAUCGCGCCGUGCGCACCCUCGCCGACGUCGUCAACAAGAGCGAGACGUGCCUCGAGGGCGGAACGAGGGGGACGUGGGUCCAGGGAGGCGAGAAGCUCGUUGGGCUCGUGACGGCGCUCCGGGCGGGGCUCGAGAACAAGUUGCAGGGUGUCGCGGGCUCGGUUCUCAUCAUUGUCGACGACCCGACCGAUGCCCUCCUCGUCACGCUCGCUCUCGCGACCAGCGCGCUCCACCCCGUCGUCCUCGCGCCGGGCUCCCCGCUCCCCGACAACCUCGACAUCGGCGCCGUCGUCAAGGCGACCGACCGCGCCGACCUCGCGCACGUGCUCGGCGACCGCAAGUGCCUCGACCUGUCGGACCUCGAGGCGGCGCAGGACCUGGUCGCGACGGGCCGCACCCUCGCCCCGUCGUCGGCGUCGUCCCUCGGGACCGAGGACAAGGUCGACGUCAACGAGGUCGCGCUCACGAUCGUGUCGGACGGCCUCGCGCUGCCGUUCACCCACCAGAACCUCACGGCGUCGCUCGCCUCGUGGCUGUCGCUGUUCCCGGCCUCGCCGCAGGCCACCAAGCCGACCCUGCGCGACUCGGCCCUGUCGUUCCACCACCCGUCGACCCCGCACGGCUUGGGCCUCGCCCUCGUCCUCAUCUACCAGUCGGCGUCGCUCUCGUUCCCGCCCUUGCCCUCGGCCACCGACCUCGCUCCUAUCGCUCCUGCCGAGACCGACACCGCCGCCGACACGGCCGCCGCCGAGGCCGAGGCCAAGGAGCGCGUCGCCGACGCGUGGUGCGCCGUCUUUGCGCCCAAGCCCGCCGCGACGCUCGUCUUUGCGCCGGCGCACCUCGUGUCGGACCCGCUGUACAAGCUCGUGCUGCACAAGAUCCUCGGCGACUCGAGCGUCAUUGUGCGCCACGCGAGGGACGGCAAGCUGCGCCUCUUGCGCGAGGGGACCGUGUCCAAGCAGACGUUCUGGGACUCGCUCCUCUGGAAGGGCCUCCGCAAGGACAUCCACCUCACCUCGCUCCGCGGCCUCUUCCUCUCCGUCUCGGGGCCGCCCCCGUCCAGCGGCAGCGGCGGCAUCCCGCAGUCGCACCUCGACACGUUCCGCAUCGCGCUCGGGUGCCCCGUCGUGCCCCUCCUCUCGCACGCGACCCUCCUCGCGCCCGUCGCGGCGACCAACAUGUGGGACGUGCAGCGCCUGCCGCCGCCGGGCGUCAAGCGGCUCGUCGGCGACGAGAAGGGCCAUGUCGGCGCGGUGGCUGCCGGGUGCGAGGUCAAGCUUGUCGGCGACGAGGAGGACUUUGCGGCGGGGCGUGUGCGGGGAGAGCUCCUCCUCCGCACCCCGCUCCUGCCCAACCCUUCCUCCCUCCCCUCGCACCUGCUCAGCACCGACACUUCGCUCCCGGCGCUCCCGCCGUACCCGGGCCAGAAAGCGCCCGACCAGACCGAGCAGGGCGCGAGGUGGUUCAGGACGGGCAUCAGGGCCGAGAUGAGCACUGAGGGGACGCUGUGGCUCGAGGAGGACAGGGCGCAGUAGCUCUGGCCGGCGGGUGGGCGGGCGAGUGGGGACGAGAGGGAGUGCAACGCACGGUCGGUCAGUAUCUCUCUC